AUGGCGGCCAAAGCCUUAAUCAUUGCCUGUUUGGCCCUUCAAGCCAACAUCAUUGCUGGAUUAGAUUGCUCACCUUCAUAUUCGUCCGGAUAUGAACAGAAGGAAUAUUCUUCACACUCAGCUCCAUCAUAUGGUCCCAAGCCUCAGGCAUAUUCUGCUCCACAGUCAUACUCUUCUCCUUCUUCAUACUCAGCUCCGUCAUAUUCGGCACCUUCCUACUCUGCUCCUUCAUAUUCGUCUCCAGCUUAUGGUAAACCACAAGCUUACUCUUAUCCUUCUUCGUACUCAGCUCCGUCAUACUCGGCACCAUCACACUCUGCCCCAUCAUACUCGGCACCAUCACACUCUGCUCCAUCAUACUCGGCACCGUCACACUCUGCUCCAUCAUACUCGGCACCAUCACACUCUGCCCCAUCAUACUCUGCUCCAUCAUACUCAGCACCAUCACACUCUGCUCCAUCAUACUCCGCACCAUCACACUCUGCGCCUUCACACUAUUCUCCCUCACACUCAGCUUCUUCAUAUUCUCCCGCAUCUCAAGCUUACGGCAAGCCCCAAUCAUAUUCCGCUCCUUCUUAUAAUGCUCAAUCUUACUCUGCUCCUUCAUACUCUACUCCAGCUUAUGGUAAACAACAAUCUUACUCAGCUCCUUCUUACUCCGCCCCAUCUUACUCUGCUCCAGCUUACGGUAAGCAACAAUCUUACUCUGCUCCGUCUGCGUCCUAUGAACAACCCAAGUACCCAGUAUCCCAAUAUUCAGCUCCCUCAUACGAAGCUAAGCCACAAUCAUAUUCAGCUCCCACUCCAUCAUACAACAAAGAACCAUCCCACUCCGCAUCGGCCUACCCAUCAUACCCAAGCCAAAAAGCUCAUGCUGAAGAAUCUUACGCACCAAAACCGUAUAAAUUUGAAUACAGCGUAAAUGACGAACAUACAUAUGAUAUCAAAAGCCAAAAGGAAGAAAGUGACGGAUAUCAUGUAAAAGGAUACUACACUUUGUUGGAGGCUGAUGGCUCCCGUAGAACUGUCGAGUAUACAGCAGAUGAAAAUGGUUUCAACGCCGACGUGAAAAAAGAAGAAGCUCAAGGUUACAACAAAGCAGCUCCAGCGUACAACAAGGACUCCCAAGCAUAUAAAUCUGCACCAGCUGCUUACAGCGCACCAUCAUAUAACACGCAAGUAUCGCCAUAUGGUGCACAACCUUCUUAUAACGCACCUGCCUACAACAAACAAGAAUCGUCGUACGGUGCCCCAGCCAAACAAUCUCAAGAAUACGAAGCUCCGUCGUAUUAAUUAUUUCACUAUAUAUCAACUACGAUAUAAAGUUAAAUAAUAUUACAACUCAACUUCAAACGCCAAAUUAUAAAUGUUGCAACUUAACUGUUAUACUCUUUUAAAUAGUUAAAUAAGAGUACAAAUUAUUAUUAUUUGUAUUGAUUUUUGAAUAAUUACCUAUGCGAAUUAAUAAUCAAUUAUCAUAUUUGUAUUUUAAUAAAUAUAUGUUAUUUCUCGAAUCGACUAUUCUUGUAUUUUUUUUAAAAUUAAAAACAUAAGUUUUUA